AUGCUACGCAGCAACCGGUCAGCUACCGAGGGCUGUUCAGAAACCAGCCCCACAGCUCCGCAGCCGAGACGCCAGUAUACGGCACUUUCACCGAAGACGCCAUUGAGAUCGGCACCCGAUGAUUAUUUCCAGCCGCUUUUUGGUCGGCAUUGGAAGGAAGUCGGUAUUCUUAGUGUCGGCUGCCAUUUUCGAUCAGCCACGUGGUCGAGCUGGAAAGACUAUGUCCAUGAACUUGAUCAUCGUGAGCGAUCUCGUUCGCAUCGAGCAUCGUUGGGUGUUCCGGUCUCAUAUCAUCUCGCGUUUGGCCUAGGACCGGCCUCGGGGGCUACUCCUAGUAACUGGCUAUGCGACAGUUUGAGUUGGAGAUGGGCUUUCGGGAUUCAGGUUCUCCUUAUCGGUGUUUGCUUUGUCAUGGCCGCCCUGUUUACACCAUCAAACCUUGGAUCGAUGCUCAUCAACACCGGCGACGGUGGUGCCUGGAUUGCCCUCAAGAACUCUGACAAUUUGGGUUCGUUGUCUCUAGUCAUCACUGUCACCUCGCUGACCCUUGCACUCAGCUUCGAAGGCAACAUAUUCCCCUGGACAUCAUCGGUGGUCACUGCAUGCUUUGUCAUUUUCGACGUAGUGGGAUGUGGGUUCGUCUACAUCGAGACGAAGGAAGAACAACCACUGGUGCCAUUGCAUUUGCUCAGCAAACCACCGAUUACCAGCAUGGUCUUUGCGAAUUUACCGGGAGGUAUCGCUUCUAACGCCAUCUUAUUCAAUUUGCCACACUUCUUCCAGACCGUUCUGCUGACAUCUGCGCCCGGCUCAGGCUUUCGAUUGGCAUUGCCUAGUCUGAUUGGAUCAUUUGCUGGCAUGCCGUCGAGAUACAACAUGACAUAUACCAGACGGUUGAAGCCGACGCUGGUGGCUGGGGCCUUCAUAUAUCUUGUUGGGUCCAUUGCUAUUUCCUCCAUCACCACGAACACUUCCAAGAUCAUGAGCUUGAUCCUCAUCGCUGAAGUACCGCUAGGAUAA